CUGGCGGUGGAGGUGGUGGGUUUGGUGGCUCCGGCAAGUUGUGGCGCUUGGCGAUGUUUUUCUCCGAGGCCAGGCCCAGGCCACGGACUUGGGAAGCCACCCCUUCGGAACACAGGAAAUGGGUGGAAGUAUUUAAAGCAUGUGAUGAAGAUAACAAAGGCUAUCUAAGCAGAGAGGACUUUAAAGUUGCUGUUGUAAUGCUGUUCGGGUACAAACCCUCCAAGAUAGAAGUGGAUUCUGUGAUGUCGUCAAUAAAUCCAAGCACUUCUGGUAUAUUGCUGGAGGGUUUUUUAAAUAUUGUAAGGAAAAAGAAGGACGCUCAAGUAUAUCGAAAUGAAAUAAGACACAUCUUCACAACCUUUGAUGUGCACUAUCGUGGAUUUUUAACUUUGGAAGAUUUCAAAAAAGCAUUUAGGGAGGUGGCUCCCAAAUUACCAGAAAGGACCGUUCUUGAAGUAUUCAGGGAAGUAGAUCAAGACUCAGAUGGUCACGUCAGCUUUAGAGACUUCGAAUAUGCCAUGAACUAUGGACAAAAUGAAGCCUAACUAUUGUGAACUACUUUUUGGCAAUUCUGGGGUAAUCGAUCUACAGAUUAUAAUGUGUUUAAAGGUAAAAAAGACUCCACUCUGCUAAUGAUGUACUGCUACGUCCUUGUGACUAAACUCUUAAUCAUAACUUCUGGGUGCUGAUGACCGGCUUGCAUCUUAGAAUCCCAGAGUGGCACCGGGAGUCUCCUUCCUUCUGUGUGGCCACCAGCCGAGUCAGGCCACCACAGCUAGCAUGGCCGGGCAGGGGCCCCCGUCCCUGUCACACACACUCACUGCAGGCCGGGUGCUCCACCCAUUCACUGCAGUGUCCUCACUGUCCCGCACCAGCUCCUGAUUCUCGUCAUCUCCCAAUGUCUGGGAAGGUGCAGCUUUCUCCCACCGAAGGUUCCACUUUCCUUCAUUUGCUCAACUUUGGUUGGACAAAUAGUAGCACCUACAUAUGCUGAGAGCUUACUAUGUUCCGGGCAAGGAGCAGGGCCUUGGGUAAACAGAGACUCAAGACUGCUCUAAGGUAAAUUCCCAGAAUCCAAAUCUUUACUGCAAAGUGGCCCUAGGACACUGGCUGUGCAAGACAAAGAAAGCAGAUUGGGCUAACAUAAGCAAGCCUUCUCCAGCUAUCCAGAGGAGGAGCAGAAUGCUGUAGGGAUUUGGGGCAGAAGACACAUUCCCAGAGCUCUUUCGGGUGACCUGAGCCUGGGCUUCCUGCUGUAGAGAACUAAGCCCCUGGCGGCCCGGCCACCCUCUUCUGCACAGGAGUUGCAGUUCUGUCCUGCACCCAGAGACUCCACCAUCACAUGGUCACAUCCUCCAUGCCCUUCCUGUCCCUUGGGGUUCUGGUGAUUGCUAUACUGGAGCAGAAACACUCAUCAUUUAUUUUGAGUAAUUCCAAACUAUUGCUAUCAAUAUUAACAUUGUAUUUCUAAGUGUUCAGAAUUCCUAACAUUAACAACAUUAGUAAAACAAUAUUUAAUAUACUUCACAUUUUAAAAUUGUUACACAUUUAAAGGGCAAGUAAAAAUGUAAAUUUGUUAAGUAGAAGCAUUAAACCAGCAUCCGUCUCAUCUACAUUAUCAGCAGAUAACUUCAAUAAAAAUAAAGUUUAAAGUGUCAUAAAUAAGAGGAGUCUAAAGAGAUGUGACAACUAAAUUGGUAUCUUGGUUGGGAAUAUGGAGCAGAAAAAGGACAUUAGAUAAAAACAAAUCAAGCAUGGACUUUAGCUAAUCAUAAUGUAUCAAUAUUGUUUCCAUAUCCAUGUAACAUGCUAAUAACAGGGGAAACUGGGGGAGGGGCACGUGGGAACUCUCUGUUCUAUUUCACAGUUUUCCUGUAAAUCUAAAACUAUUCCAAAAUUAGAAGUUUGUCAAAAAAAUAAAAUCUUAU